CUCGUGCCUGCCUCAAACUUUCCACUCCCGGCAUGUGGACCACAACAACACGCCGGCAGAUGCAAAAUCUUCCGCGGUGUCCGUAUGCAACUCGACUACUCAAGCUUCUUCGCAAGCGUGCUCCAUGGUUGUGAACAGCAGGAGCUGAGGCCAAGGGCAAAACGCCAGAGGGCAGAUUGUUUCAGGGGACAGGAACAGUUGUACUUUUCUUUUUUCAUGGUUCCCUCAUCUUUUCCUGAGGGGAUGGAAAUGGAAUGGAAUGGAAUGGCGUGACCUGUUCCUGGCUGGACUUUGUCCGUCCUUCAACUGCUGUGGGAAAAGUGUGUAGGCGACAGCGGCGGCGUGCUCAGUCAUGGAGACGGACACGCGGCCGGCGGCGGAGAGGCCGGCGGAGCCGUUCCUGCCGCUGCGGUGGGAGAGCACGGGCGACCAGUGGUGGUACGCGACGCCCAUCGACUGGGCGGCGGCCGGCGGCCACUACGACCUCGUCCGCGAGCUGCUCCGCCUCGACGCCAACCUCCUCGUCAAGCUCACCUCCCUCCGCCGCAUCCGCCGCCUCGAGUCCGUCUGGGACGACGACGCGCGCCUCGCCGGCGCCGCCAGGAACCGCGCCGCCGUCGCCCGCCGCCUUCUCCGCGACUGCGACCCCGGCGAGCCCCGCGGCGUCGGCCCCAGCAACCGCCUCGUCCGGGCCGGGUACGGCGGCUGGCUUCUCUACACGGCGGCCGCGGCCGGGGACGCCGGCUUCGUCCGGGAGCUGCUCGCGGCGCAGCCGCUGCUCGUCUUCGGCGAGGGGGAGUACGGCGUCACCGACAUCCUCUACGCCGCGGCGAGGAGUGGGUGCCCCGACGUGUUCCGGCUCCUGCUCGACGCCGUGCUGUCCCCGGCGUCCUGCCCUGUCGGUGAGGAAUUCAGGAGCGAGAUGAUGAACCGCGCCGUGCACGCGGCGGCGAGGGGAGGCAGCCUGGAGGUGCUCAGGGACCUCCUGCGCGGGUGCUCCGACGCCGCGGCGUACCGAGACGCGCAGGGAUCGACCAUCUUGCACGCCGCGGCUGCAAGGGGACAAGUUGAGGUUGUCAAGGAUCUCAUUGCAUCUUUUGAUAUAGUCAACUCUGUAGAUGACCAAGGGAAUACAGCAUUGCAUAUAGCAGCCUUUAGAGGCUAUCUGCCUGUGGUUGAGGCCCUUGUUACUGCAUCAUCAUCUCUUGUAUCAGCAACAAAUGAAGCUGGUGACACGUUCCUUCACAUGGCAUUGACUGGCUUUGGGACUCCUGGAUUCCGAAGGCUUGAUCGUCAGAUGGAGCUUAUAAGGCAAUUAGUUGGUGGAGCAUUCGUGGAUGUCAGCAGCAUUAUAAAUGUCCAAAAUGACGAUGGAAAUACAGUUCUUCACUUAGCUGUGGUUGGCAAUCUGCAUUCUAACCUUGUUGAACUCUUGAUGAGCGCACCUUCUAUUGACCUCAACAUCCGUGACAAUGAUGGCAUGACUCCUCUGGAUUUACUCAGGAAACAGCCACGGACGGCAUCAUCAGAAAUACUGAUCAAACAACUGAUUUUGGCGGGUGGAAUCACAAACUCAAGGGACCAUGAGACCAGAUCAGCUAUCGCAUCUCAGCUGAAGAUGCACUGCAUUGUAGGAAGCCCCGGGACAUCUUUCAAGAUAUCAGAUGCUGAGAUUUUCCUCCACGCUGGAAUUGAUGUGGCAGGCAUCAGCGAAAGGACAACAUCAUUUUCCUCUAGUGUUGGUAGGGUUGAUGCUGAAAUCCCGAGACCCAAACUGAAGAAGCUGAAUUCUUUCCAAGAUGCAGCGAAACAUAUCAAAGUCCUUCUCAAAUGGCCUCACCGCAAGGGGAAGAAACCAGGCGGAGACCAAAAGGACCUGGAUGAUGAUGCCUCAUCAGUGAGCUCUAUAAAGAGCUGUAGCCAUGUCGAGACUCCAACACCUCUGAGGCAAAGGCACUCCAGGAUCAGCUCGCUCUUCAACAACAAGCGGACCUAUGCAGGCAAUGGUUCACCUAGCGAAUCAACGAAGAAGAGUGGACUAGUACAAUCUGAAUGUAUUCCAGCUUCUGCCUCUUGGUCAUCAUCAUCAUUGGUUGACAAGAUUGAAGCUGUACACCUGGAAAAUGACCAGCCAUCUCCUUAUUUAAGUAGGCUGAUCAGGCAUACGCCCAAGAAAUAUGGGUCUCUGAACAGUAGACUUUUGAACCAAUCCUUCCGGCUUGGGGCAUGAGGACUAACUGACGAGGAAUAUAUAUAUUAUAUAUAUACAGCUGAUUAUCCGAGUUGCAUGAUGCUGGAGCUAACCAAGCCAUCAAUCAGGUCAAUCAUUUUGGUACCUUUGAUAGGCAUCCAUGCCGUCAUGAUCCUUUACAUGCUGUCACUAACAGAGUACAAGCUGUACAGUGGGAUUUGCUGCUAAUUUGUGCGGGUGUAAUUUUCAGAGGAAGACAAACAGAUGGACGGAUAUUGUGGUGGUUGUCCAUUCAGUAUUAAUGUAUUAUGAGCGGGAACAUGGUAGAAAACUUUUAAAAAAAAUGACUACAAUUUACAACUUUCUCUGAUACCAGAUAGAUGAUCGUCAACUUCUGGCCGCCUUGCUAGAGCAGGCAGGUUAGUGCCUGUGUCGUUGACGGAGAGUGUUUUGAGAUUAGUUUGUGUUUGUGUGCGACUCUACUGUAUGUAUGUUGAGUUAUACUAAUGUGACACAGCUCGCGAUGCAAGUACAGCUUUUAUGUUGUACAUGAGUUUUACUGGAAGCAUAAUAAGAAGUAAUUUGAUUUCGUCGUA